CCGUUGAAGGGCUUUACCGCGCUGGCGUGCACCUUGGCCAUCUUUCGAAGCGCUGGCACCCGCGCAUGCGUGACUACAUCCGGCUCAAGCACCAAAAACGCCAUGUCAUGGACAUGGACAAAACAAUCGAGGCGAUCGAGCGCGGCCAAGACCGCGGUGCGUGAGAUUGUUGCGGCCGGUGGCGAAUGUCUAAUGGUUGGCACGAAACCCCAGGCGCGAACGGAGAUCGAGCGCUUGGCCAAUUUGGUCGGCGCGUCGUACAUAACCUCGCGAUGGCUCGGCGGCACGAUGACGAACUUCAGCACGAUAUCUCGUCGCAUCGAGGCGCUCAUCACACUUGAAGAGGACUUCGCCAAAGGCGAGGUGCAGGCGCACACGAAACGCGAACUGUUGAUGAAGCAGACCGAAGUUAAGCGGCUCAAUAAGUUCUUCGGCGGCAUCAAAGAGAUUGCCAAACUGCCGGACGUUUUGUUCGUGGUUGGCAUCGACCGCGAGAAGCACGCGGUCAAAGAGGCCAACGAUCUAAAUAUCCCCGUAGUGGCCAUCGUGGACACCAAUUGCGAUCCGAGCACCAUUACGUAUCCGAUCCCCGGAAACGACGAUUCACACGCGUCGAUCUCGCUAAUUGCCCGCCAUAUCGCGGCCGCGAUCUCGGAAGGCAGAGAACUCGCAGCCGCCCGUGAGCGCGAACGAGUGGCGAUUCAGGCCGAACGCGACGCGCAGGAUGCGGCGAUGGCGGCAGCCCGAGCGGCUGCUACGGAACGGUCUAGACAGCAACGCUCGGAAAGCUAG